AUGAACACACUCAGUACAGCCAAGAGCGUCCUGAAGGCACCCACAGCCUCAGCCAGUCCCACACAGCUCCGAACCUCAGCCAGCCACCACACAGUCCCCAACCUCAGCCAGCUACCACAGCCCCCAACCUCAGUCAGACCCAAAACAGCCCCGAAUCUCACCCAACCCCCACACAGCCCCCAAUUUCAGCCAGCUACCACAGCCCCCAACCUCAGCCAGCCACCACACAUCCCCGAACCUCAGCCAGCUACCACACAGCCCCCAACCUCAGCCAGCCACCACAUAGCCCCCAACCUCAGCCAGCCACUACACAGUCCCCAACCUCAGCCAGAUCCACACAGCCCCCAAUCUCAGCCAGACCCACACCCCCAAAUCUCACCCAACCCCCGCACAGCCCCCAAUCUCAGCCAACUCUCACACAGCCCCCAACCUCAGCCAGACCCACAAAAUCCCCAACCUCAGCCAGAUCCACACAGCCCCCAACCUCAGCCAACUCCCACACAGCCCCCAACCCCAACCAACUCCCACACAGCUCCCAACCUCAGCCAGAUCCACACAGCCCCUAACCUCAGCCAGAUCCACACAGCCCCCAACCUCAGCCAACUCCAACACAGCCCCCAACCCCAACCAGAUUCCCACACAGCCCCAACCUCAGCCAGAUCCACACAGCCCCAAACCUCAGCCAACUCCAACAUAGCCUCCAACAUCAGCCAGAUCCACACAAGCCCCAACCUCAGCCAGAUCCACACAGGCCCCAACCUCAGCCAACUCCCACACAUUCCCCAGCCUCAGCCAAACAACACAGCCCCAACCUCAGCCAGCCACCACAGCCCCCAGCCUCAGCUAACCAACACAACCCCAAGCUCACCCAGCCACCACACAGCCCCCGACUUCAGCCAGCGUCACAGCCCCUUGGCCAGCCCUCAACACAGCCAUGUAGCAGGAGUCGCCCAAGUCCUCCGCAGGUCGUGGCUGGAGAACGAGUCACAGGGAGCUGUGGAGACACUUGAGGGUCAAUGCAUGGCUAGGGGGUGGCGCUCCCCAGCCAGGACCUGCAGGGGCUCGGCAAACCUCAGGGAGUGA